AUGAAAAUUUGUGAUAAGCAUUUUCCUGCCUCAGAUGUUGGGAGUAAAUUUCUUAAAAGAGCAGCGGUACCGAUUUAUUUCUUAGACGGGGUAAAUGAAGAGGACGACUAUGACUUUUCACAAACCCAAAUAAUUCCUAAUUACGACGAAAGUGUUGAGACGACCAAAUCCUGUUGCAAUUGUGCAAAAACAAUUGAGGCUAAUAACAGUAUUAGUCGCGAGUCAAAAGCGUUGUCCAAGAUGCUUGUAGGAUCUCGAAAUAGGGAGUACGAUGAAGCGUCAAGAGAACUGGCUCUUAAUUUGUACCUAAAGUCUCGUUCAGCAUAUUUAUUCAUGAGGAACAAACUAAACCUUACGUUACCCCAUGAAAAUUCUAUUAUAAAUUGGACGCCCAUCAAGAAUUUGCAACCUGGUUUUAAAAAUGAAUGUUUCCAUAUGCUUGCGAAAAAAAUAAGCAUGCUUAGGCAGAUUGACCGAGAGAAUGCAAUACUUAUUGUUGACGAAAUGAAAUUAAGGCCAGAGCUACGGUAUAACUCGGUAUUGGACCAAAUUGAUGGUUUUGAAGAUGUGGACUUUUUCAGAACUGAUAAAAUUGGUAAAAGCAUAUGCCUGUUCAUUGUGAAGGGAAUGUUUUCAAAUUGGUCAUUUAUAUUAAAUUAUUUUAUUACUGAAAAUGGCAUGGAUGGAGACUGCUUAAGUAAUAUAAUAUUGGAAAAUUUGCGGCUCCUCAAACAUGAGCUUGGUACUAUUGUAAGAGUUAUUUCUUGCGACCAAGGUUCAGCAAAUAGGAAAACAUUCUCUACCUUUGAAAUUGUACCUGAAAAGCCAUUCUUUGAUUUCGAAGACAACAAAAUAUUUUGCAUGUAUGAUUUUCCGCACUUGAUUAAAUGUCUCCGUAAUGGGCUUAUGACAUGUGACCUAACAACGGCAGACGGCAUUGUGAGCUUUAAAGUACUGAAUGAACUGUGGGAGCGAGAAAGAUACGCAACUACAAAAAUGUGUCCUAAACUAAGUAGGCAACAUAUAGAACCAAAAAAUUUUGAAAAAAUGAGGGUUAAGUUUGCGACACAAUUAUUUAGUAAGACAGUGCAAGCCGCAAUAAGAACCAUUGUGGGAACUGGAGGUUUUAACAAUGUCAGCAAUGAAGUGGCAGUAGCAACUGCCAAUUUUAUUGAAAAAAUUGAUAAAAUAUUUGACUGCAUGAACUCCUGUACCCUGUAUUCCAAAAAUCCAUACUCUUGUGCGUUGCAGGUCGACGGAAUUGUAAUAAACUAUAUAAAGGAAUUCAUCCUUUAUUUCAAUUCCGUUAAGUUUACCGAUCCAAAGAAAACUGUUCAUUUCCUGACAGGCUUUAAAAUCACGCUUAAUGGAGUUGUUCAGCUUGCGGAGGAAAUUUUUCGAAGCAAUAGUGAAAUAUUCUUUAUAAUGACAAAUUUUCUUUGUCAAGACAAACUUGAAAACACAUUUUCAAUAUUACGGCAGAGAGGCGGUUAUAACAAAAAUCCAUCCGUAUCAGAAAUUAAUUAUAUGCUGGCGAAAGUUAUAACGCGUAAAAUUUUAUUAUCCACAACAGUGGGAAAUUGCGAAACUGUGGAGGAUGAUAAUGUGUUUCAGUCGGUUGUAGAUGAAGAAAUAUCACCGAGUAAUGAAGUUUCUUUAAUAGUUCACGAAACAAACGACAAUUCGGGCAAUCAGGAUGAAAUUUCCAUUCAAAAUACUGUGAUGUCGUACAUAUCCGAGAACCAUGACGUUUUAGACAGUGAAUUGCCAUCACUUCGAUAUUUUUUGGGUUACGUCGCAUCUCGAGUUUUACCGAAAUUAAGUUGUUCAUCAUGUAAUAAAAGCAUCAGAAAAUCGAAUGAGUUUUUGACAGCACCAACAGAACUAUUUCUAUUUUAUAAAAAUUAUAACAAAUCCACAGAUUUCGGUAAACUUGUUGCACCCACUGAAGAAUUUGUUAAUGCUUAA